GAAUCCGGGCUUUCCCGCAGAUCCCUCGGGCUUCGUGUUCGACGCUCGCUCCGGGGCCGUGCGGGCGCAGGGCGGCGCCUCCGAGAACAUGAGGGUUUUUCCCCACGCCGUGCGGGCCGUGGUUCCCAACCGCAGCAACACCGAGAUCGUGCUGGUGCUGCAGCACUUCGACAACGCCGUGGACAGGGCAGUGCAGGCCUUCAUGGAGGGCAAUGCCAGCGAGGUGCUCAAGGAAUGGACGGUGACUGGGAAAAAAAAGAACAAGAAGAAAAAACCCAAAGCCAAAGCCCAGCCCAGCCCCUCCCCCUCAGGCCCUGGCCAGGAGGAGAAGCUGGAAAAUUGGGAAAAGCUGGAAAAAUUGGAAAACUUGGGAAUUUCCAUCAAUGGUUUCCAUGGCAACCGCUCCCCCAGCCUGGAGUCGCUCCCUGAGCCUGGGGCAGCCCUGGGGAACGGAAUUCCAACUUUUCCUGCCCCGAGCCAAGCCCGGAGCCUCCGGAGCAGCCCCGGCUCCCCCGGGGGGAGGAAACUGGAAAAGAUCUGGGAUAACCUCAUGGAUCGGGAGGUGGCUCUGCUGGCCGAGAUGGACAAAGUCAAGGCAGAAGCAAUGGAGCUGCUGGCCCUGCGGCAGCGCCGGGCCGAGGCGCUGCGCGCGCUGACCGAGGCGGCCCCGGGGAUGUCGGAGGAGCAGCUGCAGGAGCUCCGGGCUGACAUCAAGCACUUUGUCAGCGAGCGCAAGUUCGAUGAGGAGCUGGGCCGGGCCGGGCGCUUCGGCUGCGACCUCGAGGCCCUGAGGGGCAGCAUCGGAGCCUUCGGCCAGGUUUCCCACCCCAGGCCGAGCUAUUCCAGCCGCUCCCGCUGCAGCUCCGGCCCCGGAUCCUCGGGAUCGGCCCCGGGAUCAGCCCUGGCGCUCCCAGCAGGAUCAGCCCCGGGAUCAGCCCCGGGAUCAGCCCCGGCGCUCCCAGCAGGAUCAGCCCCGGGAUCCCCCCUGGGACUCCCGGAAUUCCCGACGGGAUCAGCCCCGGGACCCCCCGAGGACGGCGCGGCCCCAACGGAGCCACCCCCGACCCCACAGCCCCCCCAGCGGAGCCGGAAACCCCCGGGAGCAGCCGGACCCCGCCCCUCCCCCCAGAGCCGCCCCGAGGGGGCCAAUUCCUGA